UGAUCGCUUCUGUCAGUCACGGCUUCUUCUGCAGUCAAUGUCAAUGAGAGUUUACAUAGGAAAGUAAUAUAGUUAAUGCUCAAACCAGAAGAACCCGACUGUUAACGGCGGAUGCUCGUCUGGUCGGAAUGGCGGAAGUGAGCCAGCACGUUAUCCGUGUUGUCCCUGAAGAUGAAGGAAAAGAAAAGUUCAAGAAGAGUGGCCAUGUUGCUUUUUACAGGUACUGUUUGCUGCCCUACUGGUACGCUCUGUUCCACCUGCCUCACACCUGCGGGCUGCCUCCAAUCAGACCUCUGUGGGGGGAGUUCCCCAGAGAACCGAGCACCUUCACUGUGGACAACCUGUAUAUGAUUGGUGAUAAAAAAACCAACCUUUUUUGUUAUCAUUUUUUGAGUUAUUGCACUUUAGUUUGUCUUAGUUUCACCGUCUUUAAUUGUAACGUAGGAGGAGCUCUGCUGGCCUGUCCUGUAACUGAAGCACGGGCUCAAGAAGUCAAAGUCUUACUUCCUGGAUCUGAUGAGGUUUGGUUUGACGUCCGCUCUGCAGAGGAGUAUGAAGGAGGCCGGACUCUGAGUCUUCCAGUCGCCCUGCACUUAGUUCCCGUGUUCCAGCGCGGCGGCUCGGUGGUCUGCAGGUCAACAGGAAGUGGCUCCUGUACAGCCGAACAACAGCAGCUCCCCCUCUCAAUCACUGUGGCGCUCGACUCUCAGGGCGUCGCUGACGGAGAGUUGUACCUGGACGACGGCUACCGGGACAAAAAGGCUUUCUGCUGCGCAGGCAGAAUACACCACACGUGAAAGGAAGCUCAAAGUCUGAAAUGAAAACACAAACUGUGGAUAUUUAAGUGCAAACUGUUACCUGAUGUUAUAGGAUCGUGUAGAGGGAUACAGAAGAUCUGCCAGUGAAGAAGGAACGUUUGAGUGUGACGCCGUCGUUCAGUCCGUGUUGUGCAUGUGUCAGGUGACGUCAGGUGCAAAAGAUGCUUCUGCUGCAUUUCAAUACAAGCGGAGCCGCUGCGUGCUGAGCGUGAGCGACCUGCAGCUCAGAGGCCAAGGGACCGGGACGUGCACGUCUGUCAAUCACUGGGAACAGCUGGAGGCAUUGUUUUAAGAAAGGUUCUCAUUAUCUUAACCCUAACCCUCAUUAUUAUUAUUAUUAUUAUUAUUAUUAUUAUUAUUAUUAUUAUUAUUAUUAUUAUUAUUAUUAUUUUGAGAUCGUUUCUUAUUAUAUUGAAUACUGAAAUGAAAUACCAGAAGCAGUUUUAUUUGUUAACACCUGUGAAUGUUUACAGGUAAACGUGUCAGAAUCAUGUUUAUAAGCACAUAACAAACAUGUUGUGUAGCUGACAAACACGAAACUGUUGUAAUUAUUUUACUUUAUUGAAUUUCAGAUUCACCUUUUGAGAAAUAAAACAGAACAAUAAGAGCUAAAAGUUAUUUU